CCAUUAUUUGUUUUCAAAAAUGGCGGACGAAAGAUCGAUCGACGAGAAGCUUUCAGAUGAUGGAGGUGAAAUUUAAUAUUUUUCUUCACAAAUCAGGACCGGAGGAGAGGGGAGGCAGUGUGAAAACUAAGACUGUCUCUUCCAGCAACGGAGGGGGGGUUGCAGGGAAGCGCUCGGCCCCAGAGCCUUCGGGCCACCCGGCGCCGCCCAAAGUCUCCAAGGCCGCGCUCGACUUGAGCGGCCAGUCUGCCAAGAAGCCUGCCCCGAUCUCCAUCAAGCUGGGAGUGAGCAAGCCAAAAGAGCCGGUCCCAGCACUGCCUGCCAAGAAGCCGUCGCUGGCCUCAGUGUUUAAUGAAGAUGAGGAUAGCGAACCAGAGGAGAUGCCCCCCGAGGCCAAGAUGAGGAUGAAGAACAUCGGCAGGGAGACACCGACGUCAGCUGGACCCAACUCUUUCAACAAGGGCAAGCACGGCUUUUCGGACCACCAGAAGCUCUGGGAGCGGAAGCUCAAGUCCCAAAUGGACUAAUGAACUUUCCAGAAGCGCCGCUAAUUAAACCUUGUGUGAAUUGUGGGAAACUGCAGUUUUGUGGGUGGGGUUUUUCCUUGCAGUUCUGUUCAUGUGUAAGUGGCUCGACCGUCUGUAUCCUCACUGUGUCGAGCUGUAAAUGACCUUUGCGCACUAAGGGGCGUUUGGGACGGCAGCGACAGGACAUUGUCAUGGGGAAGCCUGAAGAGCCCCCCGCCCCACAGAGAGCCCCUGACAUUGACACUGCAGUGUUACCCAGCAGGACUGAAUGAGAAUUUUAAGUGUGUGUGUUACCUGUACCGCCGCUGUUUCAUGGUGCCCAUUAAAGACGUCCAGCUAACUGUC